AUGGAUUGCUGUUUAACAGGAAAGCAAAUGGUAUGCGCAGGCUCUUGUCCAAAGACAGUUGAACCUCCCAAAUACCCUGAGAAGAUAUUGUUUUGUGGCUGGCGUCGUGACAUAGACGAUAUGAUUAUGGUUCUAGAGGCAUUCUUGCCUCCAGGUUCAGAACUUUGGAUGUUCAAUGAAGUUCCUGUAUUAGAAAGAGAUAGGAAACUUACAGAUGGUGGACUGGAUGUUUCUAGAUUGGAGAACAUAAAGCUUGUCCACAAAGAAGGAAAUGCUGUGAUCAAACGGCAUUUAGAGAGUCUUCCUCUGGAGACUUUUGAUUCUAUAUUAAUUCUUGCAGAUGAAUCACUGGAGGACUCUGUUGUUCAUUCUGACUCAAGAUCCCUUGCCACUCUUCUCCUUAUACGAGAUAUACAGUCAAAGCGUCUCCCUGACAAAGAUACAAAGCCAACUUCUUUACGGUUGUCUGCAUUUUCACACAGCUCUUGGAUCCGUGAAAUGCAGCAAGCUUCAGACAAAUCAAUAAUAAUUAGUGAAAUUCUGGAUUCUAGGACUAGAAACUUGGUCUCAGUGUCUAGAAUCAGUGAUUAUGUGCUAUCAAAUGAACUGGUUAGUAUGGCGCUGGCAAUGGUGGCUGAAGACAAGCAAAUCAAUCGUGUCCUUGAGGAGCUAUUUGCUGAACAGGGGAAUGAGAUGUGCAUAAAACCAGCAGAACUCUAUUUAUAUGACCAGGAAGAACUCUGCUUUUAUGAUAUAAUGCUUAGGGGUCGUCAAAGGCAGGAAAUCGUGAUUGGAUAUCGGCUUGCAAACACAGAGCGGGCCAUAAUUAACCCAUCACUGAAGUCAGAACGAAGAAAAUGGUCCCAUGAUGAUGUUUUUGUGGUCAUCUCCAUAAGUGAAUGA